GGGAGCCCCGGGCGGGCCGGGCCGGGCCGGGCCGAGCCGAGCCGGGAUUAACGGGCGGCGUUGGGGCCGAACCCGCGGAGGGUCCCCGGGGCGGCGGCGGAGCCCGGCCCCGUAGGCGCAGCCCCGGUCGGGCGGCCCGGCGGGACCAUGCCGGUGAUGAAGGGGUUGCUGGCUCCGCAGAACACCUUCCUGGACACCAUCGCCACCCGCUUCGAUGGCACACACAGCAACUUCAUCCUGGCCAACGCGCAGCUCCGCCGCGGCUUCCCCAUCGUCUACUGCUCCGACGGCUUCUGCGAGCUGACCGGCUUCGCCCGCACCGAGGUGAUGCAGCAGAAAUGCAGCUGCCGCUUCCUCUGCGGGGCCGACACCAGCGAGGCCGUCCUGCAACGCAUCGAGAAGGUGCUGGACAGCAAGCAGGAGUGCCAGACCGAGGUCUGCUUCUACAAGAAGGGCGGAGCGGCGUUCCGGUGCCUGCUGGACAUCAUGCCCAUCAAGAAUGAGAAGGGGGAGGUGGUGCUCUUCCUCUUCUCCUUCAAGGAUAUCACACAGAGCCGGGGCAAGAGCCACCCGGGCGACAAGAAGGAGGAGAAGAAGAGGAGCAAGAAGCCCAGGAGCUCGCACCUGCAGGCGGCACGGCGGCAGGGCCGCACGGUGCUGCACCGGCUCAGCACCCGGUUCACCCGGCAGGACCGCAGCGAGAUGAAAAUCAACCGGAACGUGUUUGAGAACAAGCCGUCCGUCCCCGAGUACAAAGUGGCCUCGGUGCAGAAAGCCCGCUUCAUCCUGCUGCACUACAGCGUCUUCAAGGCCCUGUGGGACUGGCUGAUCCUGCUGGCCACCUUCUACGUGGCCGUCACCGUCCCCUACAAUGUCUGCUUCACCGGCACGGAGGACAGCCUCUCGGCCGCCCGCAGCACCACCGUCAGCGACAUCGCGGUGGAGAUGCUCUUCAUCCUGGAUAUCGCCCUGAAUUUCCGGACGACGUACGUGAGCCAGUCGGGCCAGGUGGUGUACGAGCCCCGCUCCAUCUGCAUCCACUACGUGGCCACCUGGUUCUUCGUGGACCUCGUCGCUGCCCUGCCCUUCGACCUGCUCUACGUCUUCAACGUCACCGUGACCUCGCUGGUUCACCUGCUGAAGACGGUGCGGCUGCUGCGGCUGCUGCGGCUGCUGCAGAAGCUGGACCGCUACUCGCAGUACAGCGCCAUGGUGCUGACGCUGCUCACGUCCAUGUUCGCGCUGCUGGCCCACUGGAUGGCCUGCGUCUGGUACGUCAUCGGCCGCAAGGAGAUGGAGAGCAACGACCCGCUCACCUGGGACAUCGGCUGGCUGCACGAGCUGGGCAAGAGGCUGGAGGCUCCCUACAUCAACAACUCGGUGGGGGGCCCCUCCAUCCGCAGCGCCUACAUCGCCUCCCUCUACUUCACCCUCAGCAGCCUGACCAGCGUGGGCUUCGGCAACGUCUGCGCCAACACCGACGCUGAGAAGAUCUUCUCCAUCUGCACCAUGCUCAUCGGGGCGCUGAUGCACGCCGUCGUCUUCGGUAAUGUCACGGCCAUCAUCCAGCGCAUGUACUCCCGCCGCUCGCUCUACCACACCCGCAUGAAGGACCUCAAGGAUUUCAUCCGCGUCCACCGCCUGCCCCAGCAGCUCAAGCAGAGGAUGCUGGAGUACUUCCAGACCACCUGGUCGGUCAACAACGGCAUCGACGCCAACGAGCUGCUGCACGACUUCCCCGACGAGCUGCGCGCCGACGUGGCCAUGCACCUGAACAAGGACAUCCUGCAGCUGCCCGUCUUCGAGACGGCCAGCCGGGGCUGCCUGCGCUCCCUCUCGCUGCACAUCAAGACCUCGUUCUGCGCCCCCGGCGAGUACCUGCUGCGCCAGGGCGACGCGCUGCAGGCCAACUACUUCGUCUGCUCCGGCUCCCUCGAGGUGCUGAAGGACGACGUGGUCCUGGCCAUCCUGGGCAAGGGGGAUUUGAUCGGCGCCGACCUGCCCAGCGAGGAGCAGGUGAUCAAAAGCAAGGCGGACGUCAAGGCGCUGACCUACUGCGACCUGCAGCACGUGGGGCUGCGGGGGCUCGGCGAGGUGCUGCAGCUCUACCCCGAGUACGCCGCCAAGUUCAGGGCCGACAUCCGCCAGGACCUGACCUUCAACCUGCGGGAGGGCGGCGGGGUGGAGCCUCGCCCGGACAGCGGUGGCAGCCCGGAGAAGCCCCUUCCCUUCAUCGUGGAGGACGAGGAAGAGCAGGAUGAGGCCUUCCAGCACUCGCCCACCGCCCACCGCCGGCUGCUGCAGCCCCCCAGGAGCAGCCCCGCACGCCGGGGGGGCGCGGGGAGCCUUCGGGGCUCGGAGCGGGGCAGCCCCUCGGUGCAGCACCGGGGGGAGGCCCAGCUCCCGGAGGCGGGGGGCGGCAGGGGCAAGAAGCCCCCCAGGCUCCUCAUCCCCUCCCUGCACGCCCCCGAGCCCCCCGAGCUCAGCCCCAG